GCUUGAUUCGACCUGCAUUUAAGACGGAGAUCACGAUUGACGACUGAUGAAUUACGAACGUCUGAAUUUGGAUUAGGUUAGGGUUAAAGCUUCAGGCAGAUUGCUGAUAAUGAAAGUGCUGGAGCUGUACAGUGGCAUUGGAGGGAUGCAUUAUGCGCUCCGUGAGAGUGGAAUUGCGGCAAAAGUCGUCGCAGCAAUCGACAUAAAUCCCGUUGCGAACGACGUGUAUCAUCACAAUUUUCCAGAAACUGCUCUCAUGAACAGAAACAUACAAUCUAUUAACGCACAGGAAUUGACCAAGUUGGAUGCAGACGUUAUACUCAUGAGCCCUCCGUGUCAGCCUUUUACCAGAUUAGGACUGAAGAAGGAUGCGCUUGAUAACAGAACUUGUUCCUUGCUGCACAUUUUGAACCUGAUACCAGAAUUAAAAAACUUGAAAUAUAUCUUGCUUGAGAAUGUCAAAGGUUUCGAGAUGUCUGAAAUGAGGAACAAACUAGUAAACUGCAUAGAAAAUUGUGGGUAUACCUACAGAGAGUUAAUAUUAAGCCCGUGUCAAUUUGGUAUACCAAACACUAGACACAGAUAUUAUUUACUGGCGAAGAGGAUUAAUCUGAAGUUCUGUUUCAAACAAUCCUCGGUUGAAAGUAGUUUGCCACCUGAAUUGUUCGAGUUACUGCCAAAAAGUGAGCACUCGGUAUUGGCAGAGAAGAAAGGCAAGAUUAAUCCGAGAUCUGGUAGAUUGUGUUACACGUUAGACAAUAUUUUGGAAAAUACUGAAGAAUCGAGAUAUUCGCUACCUUCUAAAUUGUUACAAAAGAGAGCAUGGGUGCUGGAUAUACGAACGUCCGAGAGCAGCGGUUCCUGUUGCUUCACGAAAGGAUACGGGCAUUAUGCGGAGGGUACGGGAUCUGUGUAUUGCCCGUUUACGGACGAAACAAUCAGAUCGAAGUAUAACGAAGCUGGCAGUCGGGAGAACGAUUCGGAUACGCAAUUGCGGAUCUUGUCGGAUUUGAAACUCAGGUUUUUUUCACCGAAAGAAGUGUGCCGAUUAAUGUGUUUCCCAGAAGAUUUCCGUUUCCCAAAGCAUAUCACGGAUAGACAAAAAUACCGACUACUAGGAAAUUCAAUAAAUAUUCACGUGGUUAGCAGAUUAAUACAUUUAUUAUGUACUGAAAAUGAAGAUGCAUGAAAAAUCAAUGGAACUGCCAUAUUCUCC